AGUCCUCCAUUGCUGGUCUGACUACAGUUGCCGACUGGGUCCAAAACGAUUGGUUUACUGAUUUUCCCGACAGCCCCCGCGCUGGAGACUUGUACACAAUCAUCAUGGCGUCCCAGGACGAAGUGGAAGAGUUGGGGAUGGAGGCAGAUGGACAGAAGUUACAAAUGAGCUGUGGUGAUGACGGGGAUAACAACUCUAACGCUCCACAAGCGGCAUCGGAACAGCCAGAAGCAGAUGCCUCUGUCAGCAACGGAGGGGACUCCGAGGCGGCGGACAAAGAGCUUGUAGAAGUUAAGAUUAUUUGGAAUAAGAAUAAAUAUGAUUUAAAGCUCCCGCUGGAUAGCACUGGAGCAUGCCUUAAACAGAAGAUUCACUCUCUCACAGGUCUUCCACCAGCUAUGCAGAAAGUCAUGUUUAAGGGUCUAGUUCCUGAAGAUAAAACGCUACAGGAGAUGAAAGUUACCAACGGGGCAAAGAUCAUGGUGGUGGGAUCAACCAUCAAUGAUGUGCUGGCUGUUAACACCCCCAAAGAGACUGUGCAGCAGGAGGUCAAAGAAGAGGAAACUAAAAAGGAGCCAUUGUGUAGACAAAAGCAACACAGAAAGGUGCUAGACAAAGGCAAACCAGAAGACGUGAUGCCUUCAAUAAAAGGAUCUCCGGAGCGACUUCCAACAACCCCUAUAUCAGGAAUGUACAACAAGUCUGGUGGAAAAGUCAGACUGACAUUUAAAUUGGAGCAAGACCAGUUAUGGAUUGGUACAAAAGAGAGAACAGAAAAAAUUCCUAUGGGUUCUAUAAAAAAUGUUGUCUCAGAGCCAAUUGAAGAUCAUGAUGACUACCAUAUGAUGGCUUUUCAGCUAGGUCCUACUGAAGCAUCGUACUAUUGGGUAUACUGGGUUCCUGCACAAUAUGUUGAUGCCAUCAAAGACACAGUGCUGGGAAAAUGGCAGUAUUUUUGAAGUUACGUUCACCUCUGGCAUAGAACACAAGACGCUGAGAGGAGCCUCACAAAACUUCCCUAUCACACACCUGGACGCCCAUCCCUACCCUACAACGGUACCCCACUACCCCCUGCUCCAAAGAAAUUCAUGGGCCUGGAACUUCAUUUUCAAAGUAUCUUACGGAGCAGUAGAAGGCCAACUCGUAGGAGCCAGAGGUGAACAUCCACAGCUAGUUUACAUAUUUUUUUUAACUUUACCAAGUUGCAGUCUCAUUGUUGCUGCAGCUGCUUCAGCCAUAUAUCCAAGUGAAUAAAACAAAACAAAAAAAAAUCCCCUUUACAGCCAGGAACACCAAUUGAAAAUCCUCUCAGUUGAAUUCCCUGCAUGGCCACAGGAGUUUCACAUAUUUUGAUGCUGACAAGCCAGUAGGUUUGGAUAUAGAGCUGGCAAAUGACACUCGUACCUAGCGGGCAAACUUCCACUUCAUACUGACAAAUGCUAUAGUUGUUGCUGUGUUGUUUUAUUUUUAAACGUAAUCUAUCAAAGCCGAUCAUUUCUUGAUUUUUCUUUACUUGCAGCGUCCGCAGCAGUUUCAUUUGAAAUACAUCAAUUUACUUUUUCUUUUUAAUUUCCUCGAGUUCUUAAUAUGCAUAGAACAAGAUCACAUUGUGUUAACAGCCUGCUAGUAAGUUGCUAUAAUGUAGACUAGAAGUGUAGAUCUUCUGCUAUUGGUUCCUGGUUGCAUAGACGUUAUGAACAGAGUUUUACAUGCAAAUGAGGAGCAUAUUCUGGGAAGGAUACAUGGUCCCAUAUUUUUCUUUGCAAAAAAUAAUAAUAAUCUAUUUGCUGAAAUAAGCACAUUCACUUUGUACUGUUACUUAAAUUCUGGUGAACAUUUUUGUUUAACUGGUUCACAAAAGAGCUAUAUAAAAUCCUUCAACUUUGUUACCGUCCUUUCUAGCAGGGAAAGGGCUAAAGGGGGCAUUUUAAUGCAAAAAAAAAUAAAUUAAAUAAAAUGCUCCACUUCAUUAACCCAACUGAGUUAAGCACAAAGCUAAAGUCCUGCUUGCAACCCACACUGUGUUGCAGCCCCUGAAUAUAAGGUUGCCAUAUUGCUGCUUUCAAUGAGGACACAUAUGAAAAAUACAUCUUCCAGGGUUCUUAUAACGGAACCUUAUACGAAACAUUUCUUUAAAGGGAUAAAACAGGUUAAGAUCUGUGCAUAUCAAAAAAGGGCUAAUUAAUUAAAAAUAGUUUGCAUAAAAAAAUUGUUUAAAAAUUGCUGGCAAGUAUUUUAAAAUAAUUUUCAAAAACAAGCAAAAUUAAUUACAAAGCUAAGCUGCCUGGGGCACCCAACUCCACCUCCCCUUAUCAGUGUUUAGACACAGGCAUUGUAUUUCAAUGAGUUCACAGCUUCUAGGCAUGCUCCAGCAGACAAUCCCUAUUCACUUUUGUAUUCUACUAAAAGCAACCAUAGAUAGAGCCAUAAAAAUUAUUGUGUGGGGGGAGUUAGAGCUUUACAAUUCAGAAACUAAAAAGAAAGGGUUAAUGGCGAGGUACUGCAGUAUAAAUUUGCAGGUAAAGUAAUUAAAGUACGUAUUAUUAUAUUUUGUCUCUAUCCCAACUUGUUUUAUGUACCUUUUAAGCAGUGUCUUCCCUUAAAGCGGCAAUAUGGCAACCCUACUUGAGUAGGGCAGUUAUUGGCAGUUACAUUUGUAAGAUGCUUAUAAUUGGCUCCAAGCCUGUGUCCUGCUUAGGACCUAAAAUGUGUUGAGGAUUGCAAGUAGGACUUUAACCAUGUGUUUAAGUACACAGUUUCCAUGGGACGCUAAUGCAAAAAUAACAUGCUCCUAAAGAGUUAUAACAUUUUGUUUCUCUUGUAAGGUGUAUCCAGUCCACGGAUUCAUCCAUUACUUUGGGAUAUUCUCCUUCCCAACAGGAAUAUGCAAGAGGAACACCCACAGCAGAGCUGUCUAUAUAGCUCCUCCCCUAACUGCCACCCCCAGUCAUUCUCUUGCAGCUCUCGACAAGGGAAGUAGCUAGAGAGAUGUGGUGAAUUAGUGUAGUUUAUCUUCAAUCAAAAGUUUGUUAUUUUUAAACUGUGCCGGUGUUGUACUGUUUUUUUACCUCAGGCAGAAAUUAGUAGAAGAAUUUGCCUGAGGUUUUUGAUGAUCUUAGCAGGUUGUAACUAAGGUCCACUGCUGUUCUCACACAUAACUGAAGAAUAUGGGGAAACUUCAGCUGGCAGCUGGGAGAACGGCCUGCAGAAUUAUCUGCCCUGAGGUAUGUUCAGUAUAUUAUUUUCUAGAGGAUGAUAAGAACUAGAAAAUGCUGACAGUGCCUGAUAUAGUUAAGGUAAGCCUGAGUGCAGUGAUUUAAUAACAACUGGCAUCAUGCUUGCAGUAAAGGGUAGUUUUCAUAUUACUUUCUAUUAUGGCUAAGUAUGUAAAACGUUUGCAUAUAUAUAUAUAUAAAGAACGUUUUUUACUGAGGUGAUAAAUCUUUAUUUGGGGCCUAGUUUCCACAUGGCUGUUAUUUUACUCCUAGGAAUAGUUUUUUAAGGCUCUCUGACUUUGAGUGCAUGGUGGGAGGGGCCUAUUUUUGCGCUCUAAUUGCGCAGUUGUUUUUACAUUCUGAGACAUCCAGCUUCCCUGGAGUCCCCUGACAUAUUGGAUCUCUGUAAAGGGUUUUUGUGCCUACAAAAGUCGUUUUAUGGGAAGGUAGGAGCCACAGUAGAGCUGUGGCAGUUUGCUUGUGACUGUUAUGACGGUUUUUACCGUUUUUUUUGCUUCGUUUUUGAACCUGAGGGGUUAAUCAUCCAUUUGCAAGUGGGUGCAAUGCCAUUUUAGUCUAUUAUAUACACUGUAAAAAUUUAAUAGUUCACUGCUUUUUUCACUGUUUUGCAGUUUUUGUGUUUGUUUUUUUCCCUUAAAGGCACAGUACCGUUUUUUAUUUUCUGCUUUUUCACAUUAAAACUCCUUGUUCAUUAUGUUUAGAAGCCAUUGUGGAACUCCCUCUUAGAAUGUGUACCAAAUGCACUGAUCUUAAUAUUCUGGCUCUAAAAGAUUUAUCACCAGAGGAAAUUGACAAGGAGGAAGUUAUGCCGACUAACACUCCCCACGUGUCAGAGCCUUUAACUCCCGCUCAAGGGGCGCCAAGUACAUCUAGCGCGCCCAUUGCGUAUACUUUACAAGACAUGGCGGCAGUUAUGAAUCAUACUCUUACAGAAGUAUUUUCCAAACUGCCAGGGUUACAAGGAAAGCGAGACAGCUCUGGGGCUAGAACAAAUACAGAGCUCUCUGACGCUUUAGUAGCUAUGUCUGAUAUACCCUCACAAUGUGCAGAAGCCGAAGAAGGAGAACUUCUAUCUGUGGGUGAUUUUUCUGACUCAGGGAAGAUACUUCAACCUGAUUCUGAUAUGUCUACAUUUAAAUUUAAGCUUGAACACCUCCGCAUAUUGCUCAAGGAGGUUUUAGCAACUCUGGAUGACUGUGACGCCAUUGUAGUCCCAGAGAAAUUGUGUAAAUUGAAUAAAUACUACGCAGUGCCUGUUUACACUGAUGGUUUUCAGAAAUUAUUACUAAGGAAUGGGAUAGACCAGGUGUACAGUUCUCUCCCCCUCCUGUUUUUAAAAAGAUGUUUCCCAUAGAUGCCGCUACACGGGACUUGUGGCAAACGGUCCCUAAGGUGGAGGGAGCAGUCUCUACUCUAGCAAAGCGUACAACUAUCCCUGUCGAGGACAGUUGUGCUUUUCUAGAUCCAAUGGACAAAAAAUUAGAGGGUUACCUUAAGAAAAUUUUUAUUCAACAAGGUUUUAUUCUCCAGCCGCUUGCAUGCAUUGCCCCUGUCACUGCUGCUGCGGCCUACUGGUUUGAGUCUCUAGAAGAGGCUCUACUGGUAGAAACCCCAUUGGAUGAUAUCCUUGACAAGCUUAAAGCUCUUAAGCUAGCCAAUUAAUUUGUUUCUGACGCCGUUGUUCAUUUAACCAAACUAACGGCUAAGAACUCAGGUUUUGCUAUUCAGGCGCAUAGGGCGUUAUGGCUUAAAUCCUGGUCAGCUGACGUUACUUCAAAGUCUAAGCUUCUCAACAUUCCCUUCAAGGUGCAGACCCUAUUCGGGCCUGGACUGAAGGAGAUCAUUUCUGAUAUUACUGGAGGAAAAGGUCACGCCCUUCCUCAGGAUAGGUCCAACAAAUUAAGGACCAAACAGUCUAAUUUUCGUGCCUUUCGAAACUUCAAGAGUGGUGCAGCUUCAACUUCCUCUAAUACAAAACAAGAGGGAAAUUUUGCCCAGUCCAAGCCGGUCUGGAGACCUAACCAGGCUUGGAACAAAGGAAAGCAGGCCAAAAAACCUGCUGCUGCCUCUAAGACAGCAUGAAAGAUCAGCCCCCGAUCCAGAAACGGAUCUAGUAGGGGGCAGACUUUCUCUCUUCGCCCAGGCUUGGGCAAGAGAUGUCCAGGAUCCCUGGGCUCUGGAGAUUGUUUCCCAGGGAUAUCUUCUGGACUUCAAAGCUUCGUCCCCAAAAGGAAGAUUCCAUCUCUCACAAUUAUCUGCAAACCAGAUAAAGAGAGAGGCAUUCUUACAUUGUGUUCAAGACCUCCUAGUUAUGGGAGUGAUCCACCCAGUUCCAAAGGAGGAACAGGGGCAAGGCUUCUAUUCAAAUCUGUUUAUGGUUCCCAAAAAAGAGGGAACCUUCAGACCAAUCUUAGAUCUCAAGAUCCUAAACAAAUUUCUCAGGGUCCCAUCCUUCAAGAUGGAGACUAUUCGAACCAUCCUACCUAUGAUCCAGGAGGGUCAAUAUAUGACUACCGUGGACUUAAAGGAUGCUUAUCUGCACAUUCCGAUACACAGAGAUCAUCAUCGGUUUCUCAGGUUCGCCUUCCUAGACAGACAUUACCAGUUUGUGGCUCUUCCCUUUGGGUUAGCUACGGCACCAAUAAUCUUUACUAAGGUUCUGGGGUCACUCCUAGCGGUCCUAAGGCCGCGGGGUAUAGCAGUAGCCCCUUACCUAGACGACAUUCUAAUACAGGCGUCGAAUUUUCAAAUCGCCAGGUCCCAUACAGACAUAGUUCUGGCAUUCCUGAGGUCGCAUGGGUGGAAAGUAAACGAAGAAAAGCGUUCUCUAUCCCCUCUCACAAGAGUUUCCUUCUUAGGAACUCUGAUAGAUUCUGUAGAAAUGAAGAUUUACCUGACAGAGGCCAGGUUGUCAAAACUUCUAAAUUCCUGCCGUGUUCUUUAUUCUACUUCUCGCCCUUCAGUGAGUCAGUGUAUGGAAGUUAUCGGCUUAAUGGUAGCGGCAAUGGACAUAGUGCUGUUUGCCCGCCUACAUCUCAGACCGCUGCAACUUUGCAUGCUCAGUCAGUGGAAUGGGGAUUACACAGACUUGUCCCCUCUACUAAAUCUGGAUCAAGAGACCAGGGAUUCUCUUCUCUGGUGGCUAUCUCGGGUCCAUCUGUCCAAGGGUAUGACCUUCCGCAGGCCAGAUUGGACAAUAGUAACGACAGAUGCCAGCCUUCUAGGCUGGGGUGCAGUCUGGAACUCCCUGAAAGCUCAGGGCUUGUGGACUCAGAAGGAGACACUCCUUCCGAUGCUCUUCAGGCUUGGCCUCAGCUUUCUGCGGUCAGGUUCAUCAGAUUUCAGUCGGACAAUAUCACGACUGUAGCCUACAUCAACCAUCAAGGGGGAACAAGGAGUUCCCUAGCAAUGUUGGAGGUUUUAAAAAUAAUUCUAUGGGCAGAGGUUCACUCUUGCCAUCUAUCAGCUAUCCAUAUCCCAGGAGUAGAGAACUGGGAGGCGGAUUUUCUAAGUCGACAGACUUUUCAUCCGGGGGAGUGGGAACUCCAUCCGGAGGUGUUUGCACAGUUGAUUCAACUUUGGGGCAAACCAGAACUGGAUCUCAUGGCGUCUCGUCAGAACGCCAAACUCCCUUGUUACGGAUCCAGGUCCAGGGAUCCCAAGGCAGCGCUGAUAGAUGCUCUAGCAGCACCUUGGUCUUUCAACCUUGCUUAUGUGUUUCCACCGUUUCCUCUGCUCCCUCGUCUGAUUGCCAAGAUCAAGCAGGAGAGAGCUUCAGUGAUUUUGAUAGCACCUGCGUGGCCACACAGGACUUGGUAUGCAGAUCUGGUGGACAUGUCAUCCCUUCCACCAUGGACUCUACCGCUGAGGCAGGACCUUCUACUUCAGGGUCCUUUCAACCAUCCAAAUCUAAUUUCUCUGCGUCUGACUGCUUGGAGAUUGAACGCUUGAUUUUAUCAAAACGUGGUUUCUCUGAGUCGGUCAUUGAUACCUUAAUUCAGGCUCGAAAGCCUGUCACCAGGAAAAUCUAUCAUAAGAUAUGGUGUAAAUAUCUUCAUUGGUGUGAAUCCAAGGGUUACUCAUGGAGUAAAGUCAGGAUUCCCAGGAUAUUGUCUUUUCUCCAAGAAGGAUUUGAGAAGUGAUUGUCAGCUAGUUCCUUAAAGGGACAGAUUUCUGCUCUGUCUAUUCUUUUUCACAAGCGUCUGGCGGAUGUUCCAGACGUUCAGGUGUUUUGUCAGGCUUUAGUUAGAAUCAAGCCUGUGUUUAAACCCGUUGCUCCGCCUUGGAGUUUAAAUUUAGUUCUUCAAGGGGUUCCGUUUGAACCUUUGCAUUCCAUAGAUAUCAAGCUUUUAUCUUGGAAAGUUCUGUUUCUGGUAGCUAUCUCUUCGGCUCGAAGAGUUUCAGAGUUAUCUGCCUUGCAGUGUGAUUCCCCUUAUCUGAUCUUCCAUGCAGAUAAGGUAGUUUUGCGUACCAAACCUGGGUUUCUUCCUAAGGUGGUGUCUAAUAAGAAUAUCAAUCAGGAGAUUGUUGUUCCGUCACUGUGUCCUAAUCCUUCUUCAAAGAAAGAACGUCUUUUACACAAUCUUGACGUGGUUCGUGCUUUAAAGUUUUAUUUACAAGCUACUAAAGAUUUUCGUCAAACAUCUGCAUUGUUUGUUGUCUACUCUGGACAGAGGAAAGGCCAAAAGACUUCAGCAACUUCUCUUUCUUUUUGGUUAAGAAGUAUAAUCCGCUUAGCUUAUGAGACUGCUGGCCAGCAGCCUCCUGAAAGAAUUACAGCUCAUUCCACUAGAGCGGUGGCUUCCACAUGGGCUUUUAAAAAUGAGGCUUCUGUUGAACAGAUUUGUAAGGCGGGGACUUGCUUCAUACUUUUUCUAAAUACUACAAAUUUGAUACUUUUGCUUCUUCGGAGGCUAUUUUUGGGAGAAAGGUCUUACAGGCAGUGGUGCCUUCCGUUUAAGCGCCUGCCUUGUCCCUCCCUUCAUCCGUGUCCUAUUGCUUUGGUAUUGGUAUCCCACAAGUAAUGGAUGAAUCCGUGGACUGGAUACACCUUACAAGAGAAAACAAAAUUUAUGCUUACCUGAUAAAUUUAUUUCUCUUGUGGUGUAUCCAGUCCACGGCCCGCCCUGUCAUUUUAAGGCAGGUGUUUUUUAUUAUUAAACUACAGUCACCACUGCACCCUAUAGUUUCUCCUUUCUCUUGCUUGUCUUCGGUCGAAUGACUGGAGGUGGCAGUUAGGGGAGGAGCUAUAUAGACGGCUCUGCUGUGGGUGAUCCUCUUGCAGCUUCCUGUUGGGAAGGAGAAUAUCCCACAAGUAAUGGAUGAAUCCGUGGACUGGAUACACCACAAGAGAAAUAAAUUUAUCAGGUAAGCAUAAAUUUAGUUUUUUACAUUAGAUCUGCUGUUUAAUGUUGUGAUAUUAACAUUUUUAUGUUCUUACCAUCUCUAACCAUUGCUGCAAUGUACGAUUUGGGUUGUUUUGUGUCCAAUAUGCAAAUCAGAGUCCAAGAAUUCUUCAUCAGAACUUGUUAAGAGAGUGAAAAAUAAAAAUGCCCAAAAGUGUUAUUUCCAA